UCGCUUUUCACAAGAGCCCUGCAAGGACAAUGCUUGGCCCGGAGUAGGCUCUCAACAAAUUGGAUGCAUGCACGCGUGAACGAACCUCCACUAUUCCAGAAGGUGAGGAUUCCAAGCUGAGAGAGGAGAUGGAGGUCAGCCCCAUGGCUGCUCCACAGGAUUCAAAUGAGACUUCCUAUUUGCUCCCUCCAAACAGUAAGGACUGGGAAGAGCAAGGCAUUCCUGACUUUGUCUAUGGGCAGAAGGAACUUGUGGUGGAAGGGACUCAGUGGCCUAGGACCGCACCCAGCCUCCUGGACAGGACACCGCGGUCUCGCUUCGACUCUGCUCUCUGCUCCGCCUGGAGGCAGCGGAUGGAACUAGGGCUCUUCCGCUACCGCCUGGGGGAGCUGCAGACCCAAACCCUCCCUGGCGCUGUGGGUUUUGUGGCUCAGCUGAACGUGGAGCGAGGUGUGCAGAGGCGGCGCCCCCAGAACAUCCGGAGUGUGAAGCAGGCAUUUGACCCUGAACAGUUUAACUUCAACAAGAUCCGGCCAGGAGAAGUGCUCUUCCGUUUGCUCCGGGAGCCCGAUCUCCCAGGUGCUCUCCAGCAAGAGGACAUCCUCGUGAUGAUCAAUGUCAGCCCCUUGGAGUGGGGCCACGUGCUGCUGGUGCCCGAGCCGACCCGCGGGCUCCCCCAGCGCCUGCUGCCAGGCGCACUGCGGGCCGGCGUGGAGGCUGUGCUGCUGAGCUCACACCCAGGCUUCCGCGUCGGCUUCAAUAGCUUGGGCGGCUUGGCCUCGGUGAACCACCUGCACCUGCACGGGUAUUACCUGGCUCACAGACUGCCUGUGGAGGGGGCUCCGAGCAAGCCCCUGGACCCCGGGGGCCAUUUGCAUCUGCUCCAGGCCCCCCCAGCUCCCGGCUUCCUCUUCUACACAAGUGGGCCAGGGCCUGACUUGGAGGCCUUGAUAGGCAGGGUAUGUCGGGCCACUGACUACCUGACUGACCAUGACAUUGCCCAUAAUUUGUUUGUGACCCGCGGGGCCCCACCUGGAAAGACAUCACCUUCCUCUGCUCUCACAGGCAUCCGAGUAAUUCUGUGGGCCCGGAAGUCCAGCUUUGGGGUAAAGGAAGGCGAGGCAUUCAAUGUCGCCCUCUGUGAGCUGGCCGGGCACCUCCCUGUCAAAACGUCCCAGGAUUUCGACAGUCUGACAGAGGCGGCUGCUCUGGCCCUCAUUCAAGAUUGUCUGCUGCCCCCGGCCCAGGCAGAAAAAGUACAGGCAGCACUGGUGGCCUUGAUAGCCCAGGACAAGCAGUAAUUCUUCUAGAAGUAUUUAUUUUCUAUCUGGUCUAGUCCCUUUCCAGAAAGCUGUCCACAGUGGUCAUUUGGGCUUCCACGACUGCUGCCUUACCCAUCUCAGCCCAAGGGGAGGGAUAAAGAACUGCUAAGUGGUCUCUGUAAAGAGAAGAAGCCAUAGAAUAAAUUGAAUGAGUGAGCCGUCACGAAUGUAUCUGCUUCUCAUCUUUCUUCGUGGACAAGCCUCAGGGAUAUCAAACCUGUUACUAAGAAGGGAGAAGGGGGGUGCCUGGGUGGCUCAGUCAGUUACGCAUCUGCCUUCAGCUCAGGUCAUGAUCUCCAAGUCCUGGGAUCGAG